UACAGCCAACACAGUAGAUUGUUUGCUUCAUUGAUGUUGCUUUUAUUUGUUUUGCAUGAUUGUCACAUUAAAAGACAACUGUUACUCGGCUGUAUUAGCCCACAAUAAAGACGCUUAAGAAUCCAGGCACAUGUAAGAGUAAAAUGAACGGUGUGUUGCUUUGGAAGACAACUGCAGUUUACAUGCCAGGCCUACAGCAGGUGUAAUAAAAAGACAAGAUUUUCACCUGGUGCAAAUCUAGACAAGGCAUUAACAUCUCACUUGAAUGUUAUCGACAGAGGAAAAGACAGCUUUCUUUUAUCAGACUUUUUCAUCUGCACACACAAUUUUCACUAUAAAUUCUCAGAGCCAGGAGCAACUGGGAACCCUCAAGUAAGUAAUCUGGAGCUACUGCUUGGGGUAUGGUUGCACAUCUGCUUUUACAGUGCUUUGGGUUGUCAUUUUUAGUUUGGGUGCUAAUGAAGAAUGUCCGAUUAAAGAAAUGGAGACAAAGAAAUAGUAACAAAAUGCACCUUACAAAACUGAGCCUAAAGGAUUAGAAAUGAUCCAAAGAAAAGUGAAGCCUGCCUGUGAAAUGCAGCCACUCCCCACUUAAAAAAAAAUCCCAUUCAGAACCCUCUUUUCAGCUAGCAAACAAAUCAAUAAAGCAGCAGGGAUUUCCUGUCUGUUAUCAGUUUUAAUCUGGUAUAAUGACUUUUGAAGAAAGCUAUUGAAAAGUUCCUUUCUCUUUUUCUGUGAAAACGAAACUGGUUCACUGGGUGGGGGUGGAAUCAGUUCUAGAUCCCUCAGACCUCCUGCCUGUGUAUUUUCUAACUGGCUUGCCACUGAAAGUAAAUAAAAGAAGAAUUUCAUUACCAUUACCAUUGCAAUGGCAAUAACUGUAGGAAAGAGUAUGUAGGAGUAAAGUAAUAUAUAAAAGUAUGUUUUUAAGAAAAACAUUCCAUGCUUUUCCACCAUAAGCAUUUUUCCCCGUGGUUUCAUCUGUUUCUGAAUUAUGCAAGGCCAGUCAUUACACCCAAACGUGAGGGGAACUCCCUCCCCUUUUAUACACACCUAUCAUUACUAAAUAUUACCAGCAAGAUCUUUGCUCACCUUCCCCAAAAAUUCUCAGGAAGGUUAAAAUGAAGUUUAAAAUGUCUACUGUAAAAACAGCUCAGCAAAGUUAUGUGACACUUAAAUACAGCGUAAAACAGAUUGUAUAUUGCUCAUCUGCUUUUAUUUUAUAGGAGGCAUAAAUGCAAUUUCAUAAUUAAAACGUAAAUAAAAUGGUUAAACUUUGUCAAAAUGUCAGAGCAAUGAAAUUUCCAUUAGUAUUCUUGGCAGUGCACCUUUUGCCAUCAUUAAUGUUUUAUUCAGGAUAUAUAGCGCUUCUGGAGGGAGGUUGCCUUCAGUGGUGUCCUUGAAUAAACAGGUCCAUGGGAGUUUACUCUCCCCCCGAUUUGGCCAACAGAGAUUUUUUUUUUUUCCUUUAAAUACAGAAAAGAAUAGAGGGUGGGGUUUUUUUUCCAUCUUUCAAUCAGUUUCCCUUUGCAUUGCCUUCAAGAUGACACUGCAUAGAACAAAGCUGCUUGCUCUCUGGCUGUUUUUAGCAGAAGGAAAGACCUUACUGCUACUCAACGUUCCUUAGCAGGACACAGUAUCUACCAGAGCCUAAAAGUACGGAAAAUUCUCUGGUCCUGGACAGGAUAACACAUAGCAGCAGUUUCUAAGUCAUCCUGUCAGACUGAAUUUGUACCUGUAGAUGACACACACAAAAAUACUUGUUGGGACCUGAAAACAGUACACAAGCCACAUACACAUAGCACUGGACACCCCGAUCUGCCUUUCAAUUGGGAUACUAGCUCAAACGUAACACCGCACCAUUUUCAGUUCUACCACCGGUGUGUCUGUUGUUAGCUGAAGACUAUCUCCUCACCACAGCUUGCUCCACUGUAUUUUUUUGCCUUACUGGACAUCUUAUCUCCUCUUAGGCAGCACAGCCUGGUAGCUGGCUGACAAAUCAAACCCAGAACGAGGACAAGGUCUGUCAGUGGGUCCUGCUGACAGCAAAUCACUCUCACAUCAACGCGGUUUGAGCUUCUGGAAAGCAUUCUGGACCACAGGACGUAAACCCAGCGACCCAAUUUGAAGAACAGAAGCAUGCUUUCCACUGAGACUUACACUACCAUUUGUGAUACAGAAUGUCUCUAAGUGAGAAGAAUAGUGUGGUUUUUGCAUAUGAAUCUUCAGUACACAGUACCAAUGUACUUCUCAGCCUUGAUGAUCAGAGAAAGCAAGAUAUUCUUUGUGAUGUUACUAUUUUAGUGGAAGAUCAGCGAUUUCGAGCUCACAAAGCUGUGCUUGCAGCUUGCAGCAGUUACUUCCUUGCAAGAAUUGUGGGCCAGGUGGAUGCUGAUCUUAUCAUCACUUUACCUGAAGAGGUAACACUUAAAGGAUUUAGUCCUUUGCUUCAGUUUGCAUACACAGCUAAACUUAUUUUAAAUAAAGACAAUGUGUCUGAAGUCUGCAAAUGUGCUGAAUUUUUGGGUGUACACAACAUUGAAGAGUCUUGCUUUCAGUUUCUCAAAUUCAAAUUUUUGGACUUUAAACUGGAUCAGCAGGAAUGUCCUAGGAAGAAGUGUUGUACACAGCGUUGUCAGAAAACGAACCCUAAAACAGGCAAUGUGGAUGACGGAGACCUGGAAAUAGAUGAUGAAGCAGAAGAACUAGAAAAGGAAUAUAUCCAAACUCCUGACACAAAGCUCUGUAAAGAUGAAGAAAAUGCUAAAUCAUCGCCCGCUCUCCAAGAUAAUGCCAAUCAAACGUGCGAUCCUGUACAUUUAGAAAGGGGUAGUGUUCCCAGCUUAUCUUCUCAAUGCCCAAAGUAUAGGAAAUUCCAGAAAGCUUUUGGAAAUGACAAAGUUCAUACUUCGGAGUCCAAUUCCAGUAUUAAAGACAUUCAGGUGCCACCAAUUGCAACUUUUCUUGAGAAGGAAAUAUUUGAUAAUGAUGGCAUACAAAAAGCUCAGGAGUGUGUACCUAUGCAGCUGGUCUCAAAAUGUGAAGAGGCUCAGGUAAAAAUGGAACAAGGGGAGGAAGGCACCGAGAAAAAGGAAGAGUCUAAGAGAGAUUCUGUGACUCGGAACGUGUCGUGUCCUGUGGAGAAAAUGGAUCUUGCUGCUUUCCCCCAAAAUUCUCCUGCACCUCAUGGACUCAAUUCUGUGUCUUUUUUACAUACUUGUGAGCAAUAUGGUAACUUGAAUUUCAGUAGUAUGCAAAACAACACAGUCUUAGCUGAAAAAACUGUAUCGGGUACUGCGCUUGGGAAUGACAAAAUUGAAAGUCAAGAUGACAUGCCUUCAAAGGUUGAUUUGUGCACUAAGGAAGCAGCUAAUGUUACACCAGCUGGUGAUCGAAGCAGUGUGGAGAGGGAGGUAGCAGAACAUCUAGCAAAAGGGUUCUGGAGUGAUAUUUACAGCACCGAAACCUGUCAAAUACAUUUACCACCUGCAGCUCCAAAAGAAUGUUUUGAGCCCGUAUAUUCUGGGAAAAAAUCAGAGUGUCCAUGGCUGGGUAUCAGGAUCAGUGAAAGCCCUGAACCUUGCUCGCAACGAACUUUUACAACAUUGAAUUCUGUCAACUGCCCUUUUAUAAGCAACCUUAAUACUGAAGGAUGCUCCAACAGCUCCGAAAUAAGCAGCGGAGAUUACAUGCAGGGACAGCAACAAGAACCGUGUCCCUAUAAUUAUGUGAUAAGUUUGGGAGAGGAUUCGGAAACAGACACUGAGGGAGACAGUGAGUCCUGUUCAGCAAGAGAACAAGAAUGUGAGGUUAAACUGCCAUUUAAUGCACAGAGAAUUAUCUCACUUUCCAGAAAUGACUUCCAGUCAUUUCUGAAAAUGCAUAAAUUGACUCCUGAACAAUUGGACUGUAUUCAUGAUAUCCGAAGACGAAGUAAAAAUAGAAUUGCAGCACAGCGAUGUCGGAAGAGAAAACUUGACUGCAUACAGAAUCUUGAAUCUGAAAUUGAAAAACUGCAAAAUGAGAAGGAAAACUUGCUGAAGGAAAGAAACCACAUUUUGUCAACUCUGGGUGAGACAAAGCAGAAUCUGACAGGACUUUGCCAGCAGGUGUGUAAGGAAGCAGCCUUGAGUCACGAGCAAAUACAAAUACUUGCAAAAUAUUCUUCUUCAGAUUGUCCACUUUCGUUUUUAUUCCCGGAGAGAGAACGAACACCUCCAUCUGAUAGCAAGCUUGUGAUACCGCCAUGUACAGAAUUAGCAGAUGGCCUUUCAGGUGUUACAUCUACAAAUGAACAGAGUUCUUGUUACCAGUGUGUGAAAAGUGUGUGUGAUGCAGCAUAUGAUCAAGUACAAGAACUGCACCCAGUUUCUGUAAGAACACUGGAGAAAACUUCGCUUGUGGAACAGUGUGGACAGAGCAGUGGUAUCACAGACUUCUGUCAGCAAAUGACUGACAAAUGCACUACAGAUGAGUGAAUCUAUGCUCUUCCUAUUGCCAGCCUCUCAACAUUGCAACUAAAAGAGAUUGAGCAUUAUUGUAAAGUAACUUUCUAAGUGAAAGAGAAGGUGAAACUUUAUCUUUUGAAACUACAUUGACAAUUACAUGGUCAUUAUAUUACUUGGCAAGCUUUGGGUUUGCUCUGUGUAGUUUUAGAGUGUAAUUUGUCUGUGUCAGCCUAGGAGCUUUUUCCUGUGUGGUAAUACCAAGGAGAGUUCAGAAAGUUGUUGGAAAGUAUAAACUCUGUGCACGGAUGUUUAUUUGCAAGGAAGCUUUCAAUUCGGAUCUAGAGCAGUCCUCACUCUGACUUAUGCUACAGUACCUAAUGCCACUCUGCAUCUCAAGAAAAGCCUCCUAACAGGUGUUUAUGCACAAUGACUUAUAUACCUGGAAUUCUUAUCUCUUCAAGAUUUCUUUUUUCCUGGUAGACAAACCUUAAGAAUCGUAUAUAGCUCUGUAAAUGUUUAUUUUGUAGAUGGGUUAGGAUAACAUGACAGUAUGAGAAGAUUCUGGCAAGUGUACUCUGGAACAGCUCAUUGCUUCCUGUUGUUGCUAUCCUUGUACCAGAGCCAGCUUUUGUUGAAUAUAUGCCUUUGUCUUAGCUCUCCAGCAUGUAGUUAAGACAACUGGAACAGCAGAGGUGCUGCAGCUUACUGUUCUCUUCUCUAAAUUUUGUGGGAGGCAUAACAACGUACUGGGAAAGGCAGAAGUUUGAUGCAGUUCUUUGAUUCAUGUGCUUUGUGCAUCCCAUAUGCUUGCUAAAAGUCAUUGCUGUAUUGUGACUUACUGUCCUAGCACCUUCAAGCUCGCUGCUGUUUGUGAUAAGUUGGAAUCAAAGUAUUGUGAAAGUUUAAGGAAGACUUUAUUUUUUUUAAGGUAUUCGGGCACCAGAUUCUUUGACUUCAGUGCCUAAUUGCCUAAAGAAAUUUACAAAUAUAUUUGUUCUUUGAUCACUGGGACCAGUAAAGAUAAUCUUCAGAAUUUUAUUCUUCAGGAUACUUUUAUGGCUAAAUCUGUAGUAUGUUUUCAAUGGCUUGUGCUAUAAGUGUAAACAUAUAGAAGGUAUAAUAAGGAAAUGAGCUGGAGAGAUUUCCUUUAUUUACUUUGUGAAGGAGGAAUUCAGCCACUAAAACAAAUCCCUGUUUCCUCAAUUUUUACAUGGCAGUGGAUGCAUAUCGUAUACCAAUGAUGCUUUGUUAUUGAGAUUUUAUUCUUACACCAGAACUAAGUAUUGAACCUCACCACAGAAAACUUUGGUUUUGCUGGUUUACAAAACAUGAAGAAUCUUGUACAAGCCAGUGGAAUUCUUCAUUUCCUACCUCAGAAUGUAUAUUAGCUUUUUGUGUCUUUGUGUGCAUGUACAGUAGGCAGCAACUAAGCAAAGGACUGUUGUAAAUACUGCUUUGCAGAUUUAUCUUGCAGUGAGACAAAACUUGUUCUUGGCAAGGCUAGCUCUUUCCUGUCCCCAUAGGUAACACAGCAUUAAUAAAUGUAUUAAGACUAAGCCACUUAUUUAAAACAAAACUUAAAAAUUUGACAGAUUUCAACUACUUCUCAUAACCAGCACAUAAUACAAGUGACUACACUACCUCACCUAUGGGAUUGAAAGUUGAUUCAAAUCUCUAGUGAUACCCUUGGAUUUUCAUCAUGUAGUAUUAUUUUAAGGGCAAAUUUUAUGUUAAUAGAGCAUAGCUUGUAUAAAUCACAGUGCUUGCACAGUAAUUGAAAUUCAGAAAUAAAUACUAUGUGGCAGAUACCAUGAGAGUUCUAUUGCUUUGGACAUAUAUUUUCAGAUAACUGAAUUGAAAAUCCUUUAAAAGACUAUCAUUGAUAUAUGUUGAUCCUGUAUAUGUAUUUUCUCCAGCAUCUGUAUAUGCCUGGUUAACUAAUCUGCCUCCCUCCCAAGUGCCACCCUGGGCAGUGUUUUGCUCCUAAGUCUCCAUUUUAGUUAAAAAAAACCAAACAAAAACCCAACAAAAGACAAAACAUAAAGUCCCAAACCUCUCUAUUGUCCAUACAUAAUAUCACUUUUUAAAGCUGGUGAUAUUCUGAAAUGAUGUUGAUAAUAACAUUAAAGCAUUGUCCUAAUAGUACACAUCUUCUGAAAUGGAAUUCCUUGGGUUAAAUGUUUGUUAUAAAGGGGUGGAGCACCUAUGCAGAGAAUGACUGGCUGAGAACUUAAACAUAGCCAGUGGCCCAAACCCCUGCCACACUUGGCUGUGGAUGUUGGAAAACAAGGUCGGUGAUGACCAAGUUCAGAGGCUGGACUGUCCACCAAAGAGAUGUGCUCCACUGCUGCAGUCUGGUGGUCAGCCAGGGUCUGAAUUCCACCCAGCAAACAGUGCAGGGCUUCCAGUGCAGAAAUCAUGGCUGACAUUGACAUACAAUAAAAUUCAUGUCUUGUUUUUAAAGCUAUGAUGAACUUGAAGAUUAAGGGUAGAUUUUUGCCUAACCAGCUGCAUCUAAAUAAUUUUUAAAAUAUUUAUUUAAUACAGUAGACCUACAAGUUGCAUGUUGACUUCUAUAGCCUAUAUCAUCAACUUGCAAAAAUUAAGAAUGAAUGACAGUUUUAUGAUAACAGAAUUCUCAGGUAAAUGUUUUGGAGUUUCGUUGUUUGUUUUUGUUUUUCAGUAAAGAAAUACUCAAUUUUGAAAUUGUAAAAUACUUUGUUAAAGCAUGUUUUAAAAUACUUUGGACAAACUAUCUUAAAGCCAUAAGGGUAUGGUGGCAUACAGAUUGUAAAAUAAACAGAUAAUUACAACAGUUGAUUUUGUAUCUUUCAUAAUUCGGUAUUUUCUAAGACUACAAUAAAAACCACUAUCCUUUCUACAAAGGCUUUUCUUUUUUGUACAAGUCUUUUGCAGCAGAGGUCUUUACUGGUGUGUUUGUUACUCACUUAUGUAGUACUACUAAAACAUUUCUGAAAACAGUAGCAAAGUAGUCCAUAUAGUUGAUAACUUCUUAAAUAUACACAGUAGCAAAUAUUACUGAGUUGGAAUAAAUUUCCUGGAAGUUUAUUUGA